CACACGCACGCACCACACCAGCCCCGCGCGUCGCCGUCCGGCGAGGCAGCCUCCCCCUCCUCCUGGCCACGCACGGGGGUAGCAGCUAGGUGAGGUGAUCAGGUGAACAAUGGCGGCGAUGGCACUGCAGGUGGUGGCCGGCAGCGGCGGCGGCCAGCUCAUCCCCGUGGUUGGACCAGCCGCUCAUCGGCGGGCGCGGGCGGCGGCGUUGAGGCUGCCACGCGCGGUGGCGUCGGACGCGGCGGCGAAGGUGGGCGAGGAGGAAGGCAAGGUGAGGCUGGGCGGGUCGGACGUGGCGGUGACCAAGCUCGGCAUCGGCGCCUGGUCGUGGGGCGACACCACCUACUGGAACGACUCCGAGUGGGACGACAGGAGACUGAAGGAGGCUAAAGCAGCAUUUGACACGAGCAUAGAUAAUGGGAUGACCUUCUUUGAUACAGCAGAAGUAUAUGGUACAGCGCUGAUGGGAGCAGUAAAUUCUGAAAGUUUGCUCGGAGGAUUCAUCAAGGAAAGGCAAGAGAAAGGUCAGAUCGAUGUUGCCGUCGCAACAAAGUUUGCUGCGCUUCCAUGGAGAUUCGGCCGAGGGAGUGUUCUUUCUGCACUGAAGAAAUCGCUUGAUCGUCUUGGCUUAUCUUCAGUUGAGCUCUACCAACUUCAUUGGCCAGGCCUAUGGGGGAAUGAAGGGUACCUUGAUGGCCUUGCAGAUGCUUAUGAGCAAGGCCUUGUAAAGGCCGUUGGAGUCUCAAACUACAAUGAGAAACGCCUUCGGGAUGCACAUGCGCGUCUGAAGAAAAGAGGAGUUCCACUCGCUUCAAACCAAGUAAACUACAGCCUAAUAUACAGGACUCCUGAGAUUAAUGGUGUGAAGGCAGCUUGCGAUGAGCUUGGCAUCACCUUGAUUGCUUAUUCUCCAAUAGCCCAAGGUGUUCUUUCAGGAAAAUACACUCCAGAAAAUCCUCCUACUGGUCCUCGAGCAAACACAUAUACCCCUGAGUUCCUCACCAAGGUCCUCCAACCACUAAUGAACAGGAUCAAGGAGAUUGGAGAAAGCCAUGGGAAAAACCCAACUCAGGUGUCACUGAACUGGCUGACCUGCCAGGGCAAUGUGGUGCCGAUCCCCGGAGCCAAGAACGCCCGCCAGGCCAAGGAGUUCGCCGGAGCGCUCGGCUGGAGCCUCACCGGUGAAGAGGUCGAAGAGUUGCGAUCUCUGGCACGCGAGAUCAAGGGCAUCAAGAUGCCCAUUGAAGAGUCAUAGACAAUGUGACUGAAGAAGUUUCUUGCGUGCACUCUUCAUUUCAACAUCCAAUGUAUAGUGCUGAAUUGCUGAAAGGAGGUGUAUUGAUUAUAACAUUCAGUAGAAAACGUUUAAGGCGAAAAACUGGGGAGAAAGUGUAGAAAAUGAGCUAGAAAUUUCAGCCUGCAUGACUAGAAAAAUGUUUAGUCAGACUUCAGCCAGCCCAGUGAUGAUUCUAGUGCCAUUGACAAUGUAUCAGACUAGACA